AUGAAUUUACAACAAUGUUGUAAAUUUACAGUAAAUUUUGCUCCUAUAAAAGUGACUGUAAAAUUUUUUUUUUUUCAAAUUUGCAUGAAAAAACAACAUUGGAAAAAAAAAAUUUUUAAAAAACGUACAUGAAAAAACAACAUCAUAAAUUUUUUUGCUCAUUUUCCUAUGAAAAAACAACAUUCAACAAAAAGUAUGAAAUCGUUAAUUUAUAAUAUUGAAAAGAGAAAUCGCUAA